UGCGCUGCGACGUCAGAUGAGUGUUUUCUCGAGCUCGUCCGUAGUAAAUCUAUAACGCGAAUAUUGUUUCGUUAUCUAUGUAGAUAAGCUGAACAAAACUAGUCGCGUGAAGGUUUACUAGUCAGUCGAGAGGAAGGAGCCGUACGUAGUUCAGUAGACACUUCGCUUAGUGAACGGAAGUGUUUGCUGAAAUUGCGUUAUUUGGCGAAACCGUUAAAAUAACCUAGCUUACAAGUGGUUGGUUUUUACUGCAAUCGUCGUCAAACGCGAGUGAAUUUAGCAUGGCUAUCCCUCAGUGUCCAAUUACUCAAACAAUGUCAAGUGAGAGUUUAGUGAAUCGUAGAAUGAAUAGGAAAAUGAACUUGUCGUUCGCGGGAUGUGGGUUUCUCGGCAUAUAUCACGUCGGAGUUGCAGUGUGCUUCAAGAAAUAUGCUCCUCACCUUCUGCUGAACAGAAUAUCUGGUGCAUCUGCUGGUGGAAUCGCUGCCUGUUUUCUACUGUGCGAUUUGCCAAUCAGUGCCAUUACAAGUGAUGUGUUGAACCUAGUGUGCCUCGCUCGUAAGAGAACACUCGGCCCCUUCAGUCCCAGCUUCAACCUGCAAGAUGUUUUGGCUGAGGGCCUUAGAAAGAACCUGCCAGACGACGCCCAUUUGAAGGUCAGUGGCAAGCUACAUAUCUCACUCACCAGACUGCCAGGGUUCAAGAAUGUCAUUGUCUCCAAGUUCUACAGCAAGGAAGACCUCGUCCAGGCCCUGCUUGCCAGUGCAUUUGUGCCGUUCUUCUCCGGCUCUCACCCACCAAAGUUCCACGGAGUGUAUUACAUGGACGGAGGGUUCAGCAACAACCUGGUGACUCUAGAUGAGAACACCAUCACAGUCAGUCCCUUCUGUGGCGAGACGGACAUUUGUCCUCGGGACACUUCCUCCCAGCUCUUCCACGUAAACGUAGCCAAUACAAGUAUUGAAGUUUCAAAGCAGAACAUCUACAGGUUCGCAAGAAUUCUGUAUCCUCCAAAUCCAGAGGUCCUGACCAAGCUGUGCAUGCAAGGGUUUCACGACGCUCUCAGGUUUCUGCAGUCCAACAACCUCAUCAAGUGUGCGAGGUACAUUGCAGUGGAGUCCACGUUCCAAAUCUCUGCCAAGUAUGAGGAUGAGGACGAGGCGGAGCACGACCCCGAGUGUAUGGACUGCCUCUUACAACGAGAGGAGGCUCAGAGUGCCACUCUGCCAGAGUCUAUUGCCCAGAUUUUCCACGAUGCCACAGAAGCCACUACCAAGGGCCUGGUCAACUGGCUGUACCAAUACAGGGGCAUGAAGAUCCUCUCAUUGAUGAUGUUGCCGUACACUCUGCCGUUCGAGAUAGCUUACGCAGCCUUCAACAAACUGUUCAUGCCCAAGAGCUUCCUGCAGUUCUGUGAGUUCAUCAUGGACCAGCUGGAACAUUUCCUCAACAUCAAGAGCGAGCCAAGCACGGAGUGUGUGGCCUGCACCUGCCAGCUGACUGAUGCCACCUACUGUGGAAUGGGAUCCACAAAGGAAACUGUACCAGACACAAUGCUUCAUGCCAAGAGUAGCAACCACUCCGGCAGUGACAAAGAUCCAGAAUAUGACAAGGGGAAGGGCAUCCACAAGCGGCCCAGUCUCAACAUGGGCUCCAAGUGUGAAAUCAUCGCAGAUGAUACUUUUGAGAACAUUUUGGAAGUCACGGCCCACCAUGAAGCUCUUAUGACGUUUUACUACAUGGACGAUAAUGAUAAGAUGAAAGUGACAGAGAUCUUUGAAGUGACGGAGGCUGAGGCACAAAAGUUGGCACAAGUUGAAACCAAAGAUUCUCAAGUUGACCUCAUCGGGUGGUUGGAACAUCAAGAACAGCAAAUACAGUCAGGUGAGUCCAGUCAAGAUUAGACACAUUGCACUGAC